AAGAAUAAGUGUCGGUCACCUCUUGGGAUUUCACUUCCCAUAUUAUUUUAUUAUAUUAUAUAUAGAACAAGCUUUCUUCUUCAAAAGCUGUUAUUACAGUUAAACCAUCCUAAAUUUUAUUUAAUUUUAAUUUUAUUUUAAUUUUAUUUUCUGGGUUGUUUAAAUAUUUAUAAAUCUUGAACUGUGUUUUGCUUAGAGCAUCGAGUUCUCCAUUCAAGAAAAAUGAAUGGAAUAAUAUUACUGAUUUAUAUGGUGAUUAUUGUGGGGAGAGGUGAAAGCUUCUUUGUUGAUAUUACAUAUGUUGAGAGUGCUGUGGCUAAAGGAGCAGUUUGUUUAGAUGGGAGUGCACCGGCGUAUCAUUUCGAUAAAGGAUCUGGAGCUGGAAUUAACAAUUGGUUAGUUCAUAUUGAGGGAGGAGGGUGGUGCAACAAUGCCACGACUUGCUUAGCUCGAAGAAACGGCCGAUUAGGUUCGUCGAAGCAAAUGGCUAAACAGAUUGCUUUUUCCGGGAUUUUUAGCAAUAAGCCCCAAUUUAACCCUGAUUUCUAUAAUUGGAAUCGGCUCAAGGUUAGAUACUGCGACGGGGCGUCGUUUACCGGCGACGUUGAAGCAGUUGAUCCUGCUACUAAACUUUACUACAGAGGAGCGAGGGUAUUUGUCGCUGUUAUCGAGGAUCUAUUAGCAAAAGGAAUGAAGAAUGCUGAAAAUGCUAUUUUAUCCGGAUGUUCGGCGGGUGGAUUGACAUCAAUUCUUAACUGUGAUAGAUUCAAAUCUCUUCUUCCAAUAAGCACAAACGUAAAGUGCUUUGCCGAUGCCGGUUUUUUCAUUAAUGCGAAGGAUGUUUCUGGAGCUCAGCAUAUCGAACAGUUCUACAACGAUGUUGUUACUACACACGGAUCAGCAAAGCAUUUGGCCCAAUCAUGCACCUCGAAAAUGAAACCGAGUCUGUGCUUUUUCCCGGAAAACAUGGUACAAGCAAUUCAGACGCCAAUUUUCGUUGUAAAUGCCGCCUACGAUUCAUGGCAGAUUAAGAAUAUAUUGGCACCUGGAGUAGCUGAUCCACAUGGUCUGUGGCACAACUGCAAAACUGAUAUAAAAAAAUGCUCCACCACUCAACUUCAAACCAUGCAAGAGUACCGAUUAGAGUUUUUAAAGGCGUUGAGUGGAUUAAUGUCGGCCAAAUCGAAAGGGUACUUCAUAAACUCUUGCUACGCACACUGCCAAACCGAAACGCAAGAAACAUGGUCCACCAACAUUUCUCCCAUGUUAAAUAACAAGACGAUUGCAAAAGCAGUAGGAGAUUGGUUUUACGAGAGAAGUCCGUUUGAGAAGAUUGAUUGCCCUUACCCUUGUGACAAAACUUGUCACAACCGAAUUUUCGAUCCACAAGACAAUUCAUUAGCAUAGACUAUAUAUAUAUAUAUAUAUAUAUAUAUAUAUAUAUAUAUAUAUAUAUAUAUAUAUAUAUAUAUAUAUAUAUAUAUAUACACACACACACACAGAAGAAAACAGUUCAAUAUUAUUUAUUAAGGCUUAUAAAUAAGGAUAAUGUAUAACCAGUACAAAAUGAAGUUGUUCUGUGCUUGAGGGUGUCUAUUCUUACUACAUUAUGAAAUAUAAUAUAAAUUUUCAGCUUU